UAGUAGUUGCCUGAACACUUGUGCCUAAAGUUGCAAAAUCUUUCCAGGUAGGAGGAGCAAUUAAAGCAUUUCUUUAAUUUCACAUAGCUAGACUACAAUUACUGUCUCAUAAUGGGGCGUUGGAUGAAACCAGAGGUCUACCCUUUAAUGGCUGCAAUGACCUUUGUAACAAGCAUGUGUAUCUUCCAACUUACUAGGAACAUAUUACUGAACCCGGAUGUCAGGAUCAACAAAGAUCACCGCCGCAUGGCAGUGCUGGAAAACGAAGAGGAAGGAGAGAAGUAUGUCGAGCAUGGCCUCCGGAAGUUCCUUCGAACUCGCCGCCCAGAAAUCAUGCCUGCCAUUAACCAUUUCUUCUCCGACAACGAUAAAUAAUAUCAUGGCUCCAAAACAUGUACAAUCCACAGAAACUAUACUUCCAAAUAUAGAAGCGUAUUACGUCGGUAACUUCAUUUUUCCAGUUUUUAUACAGUUGUGCAAAUUUGUGUUUGUUUCCAGAGACUGCCCUUGUAAUUAGUACAUUAUGAAUAGAACGAGGUUAUUAAGUUGCUUCAA